AUGUCGUCCUCCAGAACUGCAAUUCCGCCACACCAGCAUCUGACAUCUCUUAUGUAUGCUUUACCUGUUCGCCGGCUCAAAGAGAUCCUCAGCCAUGUUUUCCCAGACGAAACACUGGGCCCAGUCGAAGAGCUGAAAACCACCCAGCUUUCAAGACUAUACUCUCUCACAAUGUCUGACGAUCGAAAGCUGAUGUUGUCGUUUGCACCGAGCCUUUCCGUCCAUCUCCUACGGCAUGAGGCCGCCAUUUUGUCUUCAGAGGCAAAACUAGCUUACUUUGUAACGGAAUCAGACCAAAGACUUGAAUCGCAGGAGCCGAAUUUAACAGAGGCCGACCAAGUACCAAAACAUGCAGGACUCUCUGCAUUGAUCCCCAAGUUAUUGAAGCACUCGCCGAAUAAUCGGGAAAUGGCAUACCCGUACAGCAUCUUCGAACUCACAACAGGCGUCCCUCUUUCCACGGUUGCAAUUUAUCUCAGUCUUCCUGAGCGCCGCCUCAUCGAUAAGCAAAUUGGCCUCAUGGCUCGAGCACUUGCUUCUUUCAUAUCUCCUUCUGGUGGAUUUGGCAGUGUGAACCGUGUCCUUCCAGUUCCUUUUAUGAAGCCUGCGCCGACUUCAACAGCUCUCGAAACAAUGGGCUCGAUGUCAUGGUCCGACGCAUUUCAUGGUCUCUUAGAAGGGGUUCUAAGAGAUGGGGAAGAUAAGGCCGUCUUAUUGCCUUAUGAAGUUAUCAGAGCCCACUAUAAGCGCUUGUCGUAUCAUCUAGACUCUGUCUUGGUACCCCGGCUACUUGUUCUCGAUAUUGGUAAUGACAGGAAUGUCAUGGUGGAACGAGGCUUGGAUGAAGAGGGUUCACUGCAGCCUUCAGCAGAAGGUGUGAGGUUGGCAGGACUUAGAAGUUGGAGCCAAGGUAUCUUCGGGGAUGCCUUGUUGGCGGAUUGCUUUGAUGAUCCCAGUGAGGUUUGUCUGGAAGGUUGGCGAGAAGGCGGAGAGGAUAUCAUCGAGGACGAAGACAACGCGCGAGUCAGAAUGCUUUUAUAUCGAUGCUUCAGAGCCGUGGUCACCAUUGUGACGGAGUAUUAUCGGCCUCAAAGCGACAGUAGUCGGAGAGAGCUCGAAGGCCGAAGGAAGUUGACAAGUGCCUUGGGAGAGAUAGAGAAACUUGGAACCACAGUCAGCGACACUCCGAAGAGGCGAAGAAGCGUUGCCGACGAUGUUGGUCCCAAAAGGCAAAGGCCGAGACUUGAGAGUAUGUCCAUAUCAUCAUAG